GGCUGUGGUCAUAACAUGGCGACCGCUGCUUUGAGUGCAGCCUUCACAAGUAGACAAAUUGUUUCAACGUAAAAAAAAAAGAUUCAAGUUACACUCGCGACUUUGAACUCAGAAAGUUGCAGAUUUGGAGGAGCAGUUGAAGGCUACAUCGAGUUAAAGUAAAAGUGAGCUCUUCGGUUUAUGUGGAGAGAAAUAUAAAGUUUUCUAGAAAAUCACGUGUUACUCCAGUGUGAUGGAGGGUGUAAGACCAGAUUCACCUCAACCCAGCUGUGUCUCCAUGAAGAGCGACCGGUCAAUGGAUUGUCCACGUCACUUUAAAGAUAGAGGAUGUUCUACUGAUCUGAGUGUGAUGGAGGGUACGAGACCAGAUACACCUGAACCCAGCUGUGUCUCCAUGAAGAGCGACCAGUCAAUAGAUCCUCCACGUAACUUUAAAGGUGGUGGUGGUUCUACUGAUCUGAGACAACAAAAGGAGAAAUUAAAUGUUACUUACAGAGAUCAGCUGGAAUCCACGUUUAAGGAACUGGAGCUCAAAGUCAUCAGCAUGUUAAAGAAUGAGCUAAACAAGUUCAAAAAGCUCCUGAAUAUUGAUUACCCAGCAUGCUCUGAGCAGGAGGUGAAGGAUGUGGAAGAUCUGAGUAGGUUUAGAGAGGGGGCGCUAAAGAUCACACUGAAUGUUCUAAAAAUCAUGAACCAGACAGACCUCGCUAACACCCUGCAGAGGAAACUUUUAGACUCUGUAUAUCAGAAAAAACUCAAAUCAAAUCUGAGAGAGAAAUGUAAAAGAAUCAGUGAAGGAAUCUCCCAGCAUGGAAGCUCAGCACUUCUGAAUGAGAUCUACACAGAGCUCUACAUCACAGAGGGUUGGAGUGGAGACGUCAAUAAUGAACAUGAGGUCAGACAGAUUGAAGCAGCAUCCAGGAGACCAGCAACACAAGAGAAUCCCAUCAAAUGCAAUGACCUCUUUAAAGACACGUCCAUCAGAACUGUGCUGACUAAAGGAAUCGCUGGAAUUGGAAAAACAGUCUCAGUGCAGAAGUUCAUUCUGGACUGGGCUGAAGGAGAAUCAAAUCAGGACCUCAUUUUCAUAUUUCCACUUCCUUUUAGAGAGCUGAACUUGAUGAAGCAGGAAAAUCUCAGUCUGAUGGAACUUCUUCAUCAGUUUUUCCCAGAAGUGAAAGACCUAUCAUCAUUAGAUUACUGUGCUGCUUAUAAAGUUUUAUUCAUCUUUGAUGGUCUGGAUGAGUGUCGACUUCCUCUAGAUUUUCAGAAGAAUAAGAUUUUGUGUGAUGUAACAGAAUCAGCCUCAGUGGAUGUGCUGCUGACAAACCUCAUCAAGGGAAACCUACUUCCUUCUGCUCACCUCUGGAUCACCUCUCGACCAGCUGCAGCCAAUCAGAUCCCUCCUGAGUGUGUAGACCAGGUAACAGAGGUACGAGGGUUCAGUGACCCUCAGACGGAGGAGUACUUCAGGAAAAGGAUCAGUGAUGAGAACCUGGCUAGUAAAAUCAUCACUCACAUAAAGUCAUCAAGAAGCCUCUACAUCAUGUGUCACAUUCCAGUUUUCUGCUGGAUCUCAUCCUCUGUUCUAGAGAGAAUUCUGGAUGGAGCCGAGGGGAAAGAGAUCCCCAAAACUCUGACUCAAAUGUUCACUUACUUCCUGAUCUUUCAGAUAAAACACAAGGAACAAAAGUACCAUGAGAAAUCUGACCCUGAUCCACACCAGACCAGAGAGACGAUACUGGCACUGGGAAAACUGGCCUUCCAACAGCUGGAGAAAGGAAACCUGAUCUUCUAUGAGGAAGACCUGACAGAGUGUGGCAUUGAUCUCAAAAACACAUCAGUGUACUCAGGAGUCUGCACCCAGAUCUUCAAAAAAGAGGCUGGGCUGCACCUGGGUCAGGUCUUCAGCUUUGUGCACCUGAGUGUUCAGGAGUUUCUGGCUGCUUUAUAUGUAUUUCUUACCUUCAUCAACAAAAACAGAAAUGUGCUGGUGAAGAAACACACUAGAAUUUUUAACAUCUGUAUAAACUCUAUGUCUGACUUUCUGAAGAGUGCAUUGGACAAGGCCUUACAAAGUAAGAAUGGACACCUGGAUCUUUUCCUCCGCUUCCUCCUGGGUCUCUCACUGGAGUCCAAUCAGACUCUCUUACGAGGCCUACUGCCACAAACAGGAAGUAGCUCUUACAACAAAGAGGAAACAGUCAGGUACAUCAAGGAGAAGAUCAGUGAGAAUCCCUCUCCAGAGAAAUCCAUCAAUCUGUUCCACUGUCUGAAUGAACUGAACGAUGAUUCUUUAGUGCAGGAAGUCCAACAAUACAUGAACAGAAGAGGUUUUAUUGAUCCUGAUGAGCUUUCUCCUGCACAGUGGUCGGCUCUGGUAUUUGUGUUGCUGAACUCAGAUCAGGAGCUGGAUGAGUUUGAUUUGAGGAAAUAUUAUCCAUCACAUGAAGGUCUUCUGAAGAUGCUGCUAGUGGUGAAAGCUUCUAGAAAAGCUGAGUUGGAUGAUUGUAAUCUAACAGAGGAAAGUUGUGAAGUUCUGUCCUCAGUUCUCAGUUUAAACUCCUCCAGUCUAAAACAUCUGAUCCUGAGUAACAAUAACCUGAAGGAUUCAGGAGUGAAGCUGCUCUCUGCUGGAAUGGAGAAUCCACACUGUAAACUGGAGAUACUGGAGUUGGUGUGGUGUAAUCUUACAGAGGAAAGUUGUGAAGUUCUGUCCUCAGUUCUCAGUUUAAACUCCUCCAGUCUGAAACAUCUGAACCUGGAUUACAAUAAACUGAAGGAUUCAGGAGUGAAGCUGCUCUCUGCUGGACUGGAGAAUCCACACUGUAAACUGGAGAUACUGGAGUUAAAUUGCUGCAGUAUUACAGAUGAAGGUUUUACUGCUCUGGCUUCAGCUCUGAAAUCAAAUCCAUCAUCACGUCUGAGAGAACUGCAUCUGACCGAAAAUUAUUCAGGAGAACCAGGAGUAAAACUACUCAAAAAUCUACAGGAGGAUCUACAAUGUAACCUGGAAGAGCUACAUAUUAGGUGGUUGUGGAAUUGUGAUCUAACAAGGGAAAGUUGUGAAGUUCUGUCCUCAGUUCUCAGUUUAAACUCCUCCAGUCUGAAACAUCUGAACCUGAGUUACAAUAAACUGAAGGAUUCAGGAGUGAAGCUGCUCUCUGCUGGACUGGAGAAUCCACACUGUAAACUGGAGAUACUGGAGUUAUGGAGAUGCAGUAUUACAGAUGAAGGUUUUAUUGCUCUGGGUUCAGCUUUGAAAUCAAAUUCAUCAUCACGUCUGAGAAAACUGCAACUGAGCGACAAUAAUCCAGGAGAAUCAGGAGUAAAACUGCUCAAAGAUCUACAGGAGGAUCCACAAUGUAACCUAAAGGAAUUGCAGUUGUGGUAUUGUGAUCUAACAGAAGAAAGUUGUGAAGUUCUGUCCUCAGUUCUCAGUUUAAACUCCUCCAGUCUGAAACAUCUGAACCUGAGUAACAAUAAACUGAAGGAUUCAGGAGUGAAGCUGCUCUCUGCUGGACUGGAGAAUCCACAAUGUAAAUUGGAGAUACUGGUGUUGGUUGAUUGUGAUCUAACAGAGAAAAGUUGUGAAGUUCUGUCCUCAGUUCUCCAUUUAAACUCCUCCAGUCUGAAACAUCUGAACCUGAGUAACAAUAACUUGAAGGAUUCAGGAGUGAAGCUGCUCUCUGCUGGACUGGAGAAUCCACACUGUAAACUGGAGAUACUGGAGUUGAAGAGCUGCAGUAAUACAGAUGAAGGUUUUACUGCUCUGGCUUCAGCUCUGAAAUCAAAUCCAUCAUCACGUCUGAGAGAACUGAAUCUGAACAACAAUCAUCCAGGAGAAUCAGGAGUAAAACUGCUCAAGGAUCUACAAGGAGAUCCACAAUGUAACCUGAAGGAACUAAGGUUGUGGAAGUGUGAUCUAACAGAGGAAAGUUGUGAAGUUCUGUCCUCAGUUCUCAGUUUAAACUCCUCCAGUCUGAAACAUCUGAACCUGAGUAACAAUAAACUGAAAGAUUCAGGAGUGAACCUGCUCUCUGCUGGACUGGAGAAUCCACACUGUAAACUGGAGAUACUGGAGUUAUGGAGAUGCAGUAUUACAGAUGAAGGUUUUACUGCUCUGGCUUCAGCUCUGAAAUCAAAUCCAUCAUCACGUCUGAGAGAACUGCAACUGAGCGACAAUGAUCCAGGAGAAUCAGGAGUAAAACUGCUCAAAGAUCUACAGGAGGAUCCACAAUGUAACCUGAAGGAACUGCACAUCCAAUUCUAAUACACAUUGAAUUAUGAGAAGAAGAAGAUGAAGAGCAGUAAAGAUAAACACCAUCUACUCUACACACUGGGAUUCUACAUGGUGACACUUUGUUCAGCUUCUUACUGCUCAAAUCUGUAAACAUGCUUUCUGUAUAACUGUGUGCAUGACAUCACUUCCUGUACAAGAUCAACCCUCUCAAACCCACUCUGAAGUGCUGAUGAACCUUUAUCUCCUCCUUCUAUACAUCAGUACUGAAGUAUUGAAAUUGGAGAGUCCAUCAGGUGUCUGGUACCAUCUGUAUUAAUCUAAUAGACUGAACACUCAGCACCUGGUACAGGUGAGUUAGGAGCUGGAAAACAGGGUGAGGGUCCUUGAGGACUGCUUUAGAAAACCCUGCAUUAGCUUGAUGCAUUAGCAUGCUGUUCACUAUCCUGCCUGUAUUAUGUAAUAUGAUUAGAACAGACCAAACAGUAGAGGUCCUGGGAUGGAAUUCUUGGCAUUUAGCAGACACUUUUAUCCAAAGCGACUUACAAUAUUGUGACAGUUUGUUGUCCUAAGCAAUUGAGGGUUAAGAACCUUGCUCAACGGCCUAACAGUGGCAACCUGGCAUUAAAGCAAUAAACUACAAUAGAUUAAAAUGAUGAUAAACAAAGUGAUGAUUCUUAUUAAUGAUGUUAAAUAUAGAAGAUGAUGAUAAUGUAAGCAUUAAUACAUUAUAAUUGAUAUUUUGAAUAAACAUUGUGUUCCUGUUACCUUUAAUGACUGGAACUACUGUGUUAUUACUGUUUGGGUAUAUUUUGUGUGUAGUUUGUAUUCUUAAUUACGUUUAUCUUUCUGCAGUAAUGCAGAGCAGUAAAAAAGUAUUUACCUCCUUAUCCAAUUUUUUCUAUUUUUGCAUUUGUCGCACAUGUAUGUAUCAG